CCUGUCUGUUCUGUUUCGCCCCCUUUAAAUAGAGCAUGGAGCGUCGCCUCCCCCCUCCCCGCGCAUGUCGCGUCUCUCUGGUUCCCCAGCUGCUCCCCCAGUGGCAUCUCCGCGUCCUGCCCUCCCGUGGUGUCAUCUAGAACCGCUCAGCAAAGGAGGUCCUACUCGGUAGGGAAACUCGCAAACAUGGCUGCCAAAGAUGAGGUCUUGCAGUCGAGCCCCUCGGAUGCCGAGAAGGGUGGCAAUGGCGGCGCCUCUGAGGGCACAAGCCAAGUCAUCGGCAAGCAGGAGUCGGUCGUCUGCGUUCCUCACGAGAACUACAUGACACGCAAUGGCCUCAACCUCGAUUCAUUCCGCAAAGCUCACUACGGCCUUGGCAUUGUUGAGCUGGAGCGGCCCAUGCGCGCUCGCCAUCUGCAUAUGAUUGCAAUUGGCGGCUCGAUUGGUGCCGGUUUCUUCGUCGGCUCCGGAGGCGCCCUGAGCAAAGGUGGCCCUGGUAGCUUGUUUAUCGACUUCCUCAUCAUCGGUAUCAUGAUGUUCAACGUCGGUGAGUUUUAUUGACAGACCUUAUCAGCUCAUAUGAGCAGACCUAGUCUGUGUCUCACAUCAACCUUAUACCUCUGCCUCUGCCUCUACUUCUAUGAAUACGAGCUGACCGACCGGCAGUGUACGCGCUCGGUGAACUUGCCGUCCUGUAUCCCGUGUCUGGUGGCUUCUAUACCUACUCCGCUCGCUUUAUCGAUCCCGCUUGGGGCUUUGCCAUGGGCUGGAACUACGUCUUCCAAUGGGCAGCAGUCUUGCCUCUAGAGCUCACUGUUUGUGGCAUUACUAUUCAAUACUGGAACCCGGAUAUCUCAGUCGGAGUCUGGAUUGCGCUCUUCCUCGUCGUCAUCAUUAUAAUCAACGUUUUCGGUGCCCUUGGAUACGCCGAGGAAGAGUUCUGGGCAUCCGCCUUUAAGCUCUCUGCGACCGUUAUUUUCAUGAUUAUUGCCCUUGUUCUUGUCUGCGGCGGUGGUCCCUCCGGCGGCCGCUACGACGAAUACUGGGGUGCUAGACUCUGGUAUGAUCCCGGCGCGUUCAAGAACGGUUUCAAGGGAUUUUGCGCGGUGUUCGUUACGGCUGCGUUCUCGUUUUCCGGAACUGAGCUGGUCGGUCUCGCCGCGGCCGAAUCUCGCAACCCGGUCAAGUCGAUGCCAGGCGCCAUCAAACAGGUGUUUUGGCGAAUCACUCUCUUCUAUAUCCUCGGUCUCUUCUUCGUCGGCCUACUUAUCGACUGCAACGACCCUGCCCUGCUUUCGGAUAGCGCCUACGCUGACCCUAAAGCCUCGCCUUUCGUUCUUGUUGGCAAGUACGCCGGUCUCAAAGGAUUCGACCAUUUCAUGAACCUCGUUAUCCUGGCCUCCGUCUUGUCAAUUGGUGUGUCCGGCGUCUACGGCGGCUCACGUACCCUUACGGCCCUUGCCCAGCAGGGUUAUGCGCCUAAGCUCUUCACUUAUAUUGACAAGUCCGGGCGUCCUCUGCCGUCUGUCAUCGUUUUGAUUCUCUUUGGCUUCGUUGCCUUUGUCAGUCUGAGUGCUUCAGGACCUACUGUUUUCGACUGGCUCCAGGCCUUGUCCGGCCUCGCUGCGCUGUUCACCUGGGGCUCCGUCUGUCUGGCACACAUUCGAUUCCGAAAGGCUUGGAAGUACCACGGGCACACUCUAGACGAAAUCCCAUUCAGGGCUGCUGGAGGCAUUUAUGGUUCCUACCUGGGUCUCUUCCUCUGUGCUAUCGUACUUAUUGCACAGUUUUAUACCGCAGUUGCCGCGCCUCCUGGCAAGCCUGGUGUCGGAACCGCCGAAAGCUUCUUCAAGCAGUAUCUCGCGGCCCCUGUUGUUAUCAUGUUCUGGCUGAUUGGCUACCUUUGGAAGCGUGAGGGCUGGCUCAGGACUUCUCAAAUGGAUGUCGAUACAGGACGUCGCGAGCUGGACUGGGAUGAGAUCAACGCCUACAGGGCCAAGGUUGCGGCGUGGCCUGCUUGGAGGCGCGCGUUGAACAUCAUCAUGUAAACUCUUGGCCCGAUGUAGAAAGGGAAGAUGUACAUGAGAAUUAUCUCACAUCCAUACUUGACAUUGACUGAAUCAUCAAGCACGAGCCACAAGCCAGUAUUCAUACCAAUCAGAUCUAUGUCGAGCCUGUGUUGCUCAAAGAGGCC